GCAUUGGAGGAAUAAGAUUCAUUCUCUUCUCGAUUCUAGUCAUAGUCAAAUAUACUUUAAUGCAACCAAAAGAAAUAGUGUUAUAGUUUAAGGAAACUUAAUAAAAUUAAUAAUUUGAAAAUAAUAUUUUAGGCUUAAGAAGCAAAUAAAUAUAUAGGCAAAAACAAAAUGGUUUCAACAAAGAAAGUUUCUAUAAUUGGUGAAAUAUAUGAUAGUGAUUUAAAAAAUACAAAACAUAAUACUCAGCAUUCAACUAACAUAGAAGCCAAAGUUCGAAUAGACAACAUAGAAAGUUAUGACACUAAAAAUAUAGGACCUCGAAUUGGUACAAGACAUGUUUUGGUUGUUUUGAUGUUUCUCUGUAUAACAGUUGGUUUCACUAUGAGGACGAAUCUGUCUGUAGCUAUAGUAGCUAUGACAGAUAACACCACAUCACCCAAUCCUGACGUUCCGACGUAUGACUGGAAAAAUACUAGUGUUAUUUUAUCGUCAUUUUUCUGGGGUUACAUAACCCUCCAAAUCUUGGCAGGCCACCUGGCCAAAACAUAUGGUCCAAAGUAUUUUCUUUUGCCUGCAUUUUUUAUCAGCUCAGUUGCAUUCAUGUUAAUACCAACUGCAGCAGCUAGGUCAGGAUCAAUAGGAGUGAUGCUAUGCAGAGUUUUUCAAGGUGUGACUCAAGGAUUUAUGUUUCCAUCAGCUGAUACACUCUUAGGUCGAUGGGCUCCAGCAGAAGAAAGAUCUACAAUGGGCACUUUGGUAUAUAUAGGUUCCUCCUGUGGAUCUGUCCUAUCAUCCAUUAUCACCGGAUACUUCUCAUCUUCCUGGUUAGGCUGGCCAGCAUCAUUCUAUCUAUUUGGAAGCCUCGGAAUAGCUUGGUGCGUCCUGUUUUUAAUUUUCGGACAAAACAGUCCAGCCACGCAUCCUCGAAUAACAAAGGAAGAACAAAGAUACAUUCAAGCGUCACUAGGUCAACUUGAGGAUGACGAGGUUGUUCCUACACCAUGGAGAUCCAUAAUCAUGUGUAGGCAUUUAUGGGCUAUAGUGGUAGCCAACGUUGGAUCGUCUUGGGGAUAUUCUAUGUUGAUGACGCAAACUCCAACGUAUUUGUCGAAAGUCAUGAAAUUUGACAUAAAAUCUAAUGGUUUGGUGACAGCUAUUCCGUAUGUGGUAGGCAUUCUAUUUGGUUUUGUGUUUGCCCCUAUAGCGGACUACCUUAUUGCAAAAGAAUAUCUGUCGAGAACUGUAGUCAGGAAAGUUUUUAAUACGUUUGGAUCAAAUGUCCAAGCCCUAUGCCUAAUCAUAUUAGCUUACGUGCCUCAAACUCAACUGUCAGCUGUGAUAAUCCUAGCUGUCGGCAACGCUGCCAACGCUGCCCUGCUGGUUGGCUAUGCUGUCAAUCACAUCGAUCUGUCGCCAAGAUUUUCCGGAAUCAUGCAGGGUUUCAGUAAUGGAACUGGUCAAGGAAUUGCCAUAUUCUCUCCACUAUUAGUUCAAUUUGUUGUAAAUGAUCAGGAAAAUCAGGAACAAUGGAGAAUUAUAUUUCUCACAUCGGCUGUUGUCUAUAUAAGCACUUCCCUGUUCUACGUAAUGUUUUCAUCGGCAGUGAGACAAGAAUGGGACGGGCCAGCCACUGAAGCUGAAGCCAAACUAGAGAGAGUUAAGAAACAGUCUGUUGUCAGUUUAACUGGAUUUUGAUAUUAAUAUACUUGAAAUAAAAUUUACUUUUAUACAAAUAA